GAUUGACCAGUAUUAUAUGGAUCGAAGAGUACUAACCAACGAUUUUAUACCGCCUGGUCGACCACGGGAAUGGAGAAAUAAAUGCCUGGAAGUUAUUGCAAGCACGGUGAAGCAACGGAUCGAAGGCAAUCAGUUGGAAGACCGAUCUCUAAAUAAACAGUGGCUUGCUAGGUACUUGGAAAUUUGUCGUCUUGUGUUAGUAAAUGAUUUGUUGGUUGCAAAAAGUGCAGCCGCACCGUGUUUUCCACCAUGUUAUGGCAUCUAUGAUCGCUUUGUGUCUAUGUAUCAUAGUCUUUUAUCGGAACGCGUAAGCCUUUCAUUUUGUCAACACACUUUGUUGUUUGAAAUGAACUAAAG